UCAACCACUAAAAAACCCCUAAACUAACAAUCUCUUAUUUCCCUCUAAAACCUAACAGAAAAUCAAUUUCAAAGCUGCUUUUACGAUUAUCCUUUGAAUUUCUGUGUUUUACAGAAGAGAAAUAGAAAAAUUUUCUGAAGAAAGGCGAAAAAUGUCGUGGCUGAGAUCCGCCGUGAACAAGGCUGUGGAAGUGGGGAACAAGAACAACCUCACCCGCGCCGUCAAGAACUACGCCGACACCGUCGUUCAACAGGCCGGCCAAGCCGUCGCUGAAGGAGCCAAAAUAUUGCAAGAUCGAAUUGGGAAUCGGAGUUACAAAAGUGUUAAGCAAACUGUUAAGAGAUUGGAGGAGGCUGCUGUCUCUUGUAGAGGUCCUGAGAGGGUUCUGUUACUGAAAAGAUGGUUACUCGUGCUUCAAGAAGUUGAGAAGGUAUGGUCAGCUGUUUCUGAAGAUAAACAAAUUGAGCAACACCCUUUUCCUGAUGAAGGAAGGGAAAGUCCAAGAAAACACUUCAUGGUACUAUAUUGUGAUUCUGAAUUUGGGGGUGAGCCAAUGAAUUUUCGCGAUGUUUUUCUCAAGAGCCAGGCUUUGGAAGGCAUCAUAUUGUCCAUGAUUCUUGAAGCGCCAACUGAUGAAGAAGUUUCUUUGCUUAUGGAGAUGUUUAGGAUCUGUCUAACUGGCGGAAAAGAAGUUCAUAAUGCAGUAGUGAGCAGCAUACUAGAUCUGGCUUCAGCUUUUGCCAUCUACCAAGAUGAAGUGUUGGUAAAGAGGGAGGAGUUGCUUCAAUUUGCCCAAGGUGCUGUUGGAGGGUUGAAAGUUAGUGUUGAUCUUGGAAGAAUAGAUGCUGAAGCCAUUGACCUGAAGAACAAACUUGUUGGAAUAAUUGGUGCUGAUAAACCAUCAAGUGAAGAUGAGAAUAGAGCAUCUAAUGGAACAGCUAAAGCAACUGUGGAGGCUCUGAAAGAAGCCCUUGCACAAAUACAUAUCUGUUCCAGAUUGGAAGGGCUUUUAGUGAAAAAGAAAAAUUUAAAUUUUGGAGACUCUCCAGAGAUUCAUGCUCAAAAGGUUGAUAAGUUGAAGGUCUUGUCAGAAUCCCUUGCCAGUUCUGCAGCAAAAGCUGAAAAGCGCAUCUUAGAUCACAGACUACAGAAGGAAGAGGCUCUGAAAGUUCGUGUUUCCAAAGCUGAUGAAGCUAAUGAAAGAGAGAAGGAAAUAUCAGCUGAAAUUUCUGUACUCGAACAAGAAAGAGAUGAACUUGAAGCUCAACUGAAAAACGUUAAUAUAUCCUUGGCUGCUGCAAAUGCACAACUUCACAAUGCUAGAGAAGAGAGAGAUCAGUUCGAUGAAGCUAACGAUCAGAUCAUUGAGCACUUGAAAACAAAGGAAGAUGACCUGUCAAAAUCUAUUGCUGCGUCAAGGCUGGAGGCAAAUGUCCUGAGUACCUGGAUUAAUUUUCUGGAAGAUACUUGGGUUCUCCAGCGCUCAUAUACAGAAAUGAUGGAGAAGCAGGUCAUUGAUGAACUGGAGAGGCAUGAGGACUAUUUCAUGAACUUGGUUAUCCAUCUUCUCAAUGAGCACAAGAAGGAAUUGGGGCCUGAUAUCAGUCAGAUUGGGAAAUUUGUGGCAAAUCUAAAGAAUUUAAGUGAAGGUUCAGAGGUGGCAGGUAUGGAUCGAGAUGGUUCUAAAGUAUUACACCCAAGGAAAAAUCUUGAGGAGGAAUAUUUGGUCUAUGAAACCAAGAUAAUAAGUACCUUCAGUGUGGUGGAUAGCAUAAGAGAACAGCUUUAUGCUCAACAGGGGGAUCUUCUUAGGAAAGAUGAUGCAAAGAUUGAAGAACUAUUUGAUGAUAUUGAGAAACUGAGAAAAGAAUUUGAAUCCAUUGAGAGACCAAUUUUAGAAAUUGAGAAUCCACCUACCCCCGAGGCAGAGACUGCAGCUGAGAAGCCAUUGGGAAGCCCCACCCAGAAGUCGAUGCAAGAUCCUAGUUCCCCAAAAUCUGAGACAGAUCGGCAACCCAAAGCACCGGGAGUUGAGGAGCAGCAGGAACUUGAUCCUGCAGCUGAACUAGCUAAACUGGAGUCGGAGUUCAGGAAGGAUGCUCGAGAUUACUCGACAGAAGAGAUUGGUGAUUGGGAGUUUGAUGAACUUGAGAGGGAGUUGAUGUCUGAUGAUGCAGCAACAAGAAAGUGAUCAAUAAGCCCUCCAAUACUGUGAAUUGCAACGAAAAAUCCGUAAAUUAUGACAAAGAUAUACACGUGAGUCGUGACCUCCCCAAAAGCAGAAUUUUACAUCACGAGCUUCUUGAUGUAACUUAUCUGUAACAUUGAAUUAAGUUUCAAUUUGUUCAUUCAUCUGUAAAUUGUCAAAGUUGUAUGUUUUACGGUGGAAUUAGACAAACAAACAAAUCAAAGUCGCCGAAUGUAAAUGUGAACUAACACUAUUAUCAGAGAAAUACACUGGCAAGUAUCAAGUUGUGAAAUGAACUUGUGCGACAUCUUUUCCUAA